GCUGGUAGCACAGAAGAAGAAACUGGAGCUACAGAGCUAGCAAGCUACUUGUUUUAGCCCACUAUUUAUGUUUAAUCACUUCGUCCAACUUAGUCGUUGUCGAAAUUUGAAGUGAACGUGAUUCAAUAUAUCCAAUAUACAUCGCAUGAGACUGUAUUUAUCGACUUUUAGUGCUCGCGAGCCAAUCGUCCAAAGAUGUCGGGUCGCCUUGAGUUCCAGACACAGCUAGCUUCCAUUAUGGAGGUAUUGGCCAAUGCAGCCGUGGCAGAAAUCUGCAAACUGGUAGACGACGACUAUGCGGUUGUAAGUUUGCAAAUGUCACAAUGCCAAAGGGAGAACAAAGGUUUGAAGCGAAAGCUGAAUCUUCUCGAGCUGAAGAUGGCCCGUGGUUACGCCGAGCGAAGGCUACGGGAAAGCGCAAUGAACAGCCGACCCAACAGCAGAGUUCAUAUCAACACCAAUGACAAAUUCAGAGAGUCGUCUUUAUCAGCUGGUGGUGUCUACGACAUACAACUGGAUCCCAUGGGGAUGUGGUCAGGAGGACCUGUAGCCAAUAAUGAUCACAACAACAGCUCCCAGAUGCAUUCCAAUCCCAUCCGAGACAAGUCGCCAGAUCUGCAGCUUGUGGAGCCUGAGUCUCUUCUGGUCAAAGAGGAGAGGAUGGAGGAUCCCCUUGGAGACGCAGAGGCAGACGACGUAACACUGAUCGGAGAGGACGGAGUGGUGGAGUGUGGACCUCGUGGAGGCAGAGGUAGAACCGGCGCUGAGGACACCCCAUCCCAUCCACCCACUUCAGCCCAUGGCCCAGAGCAGCUCAGCCAGCCUCAGCACCCCGAGCAGCAGCAGCAGGGCCCCAGGAACAGGCACCGUGUGGAGUCUGCAGCAGUGGAGGACAGAGACCCUGACAUCGUGCUGAUCAAGGUGGAGGAUCUGGACCCACAGGGAGGAGGACUCAGCAUCCAGGAGGGGCUGGAGGAGUCGACCAGAGACAACUACAGAGGAGGAGCAUUACCCCUGGAGGCCACCCACCACACCUCACCCUCAGACCACACCCACCACCACCCCGGGACGACCAGGCACCACACCACGGAGUUUGCAGCUCCUGAAUCAACUCCAUCAACACUAAGACUGGGACAGAACCUGGGAAGUAUCACACCAACAGGAGGACCUGACCUGACAGCAGAGUGUACUGUGGAGUCCUCCAGACCCACACUUCCCGCCCCUGCCUCACAAAAAGGUAUUGGAACCACCAGUCCCACAGCGAGCCUAGGUAAUACAGCCAAUGUGCCCAAGGGAGCGCCAGACAACACACCUCCAACCCAGACCACACAACAGCUCAGCAAGCAGAGAGCAGCCAACACGCAAGGCUCUGAGUACUCACUGUUUGAGCUGGAGACCUUCUUCACGCGCUGGGCCCCAGACACAUCGGCAUCAACAGCGCCCUCCGGUGGUCCCUCGUGCUCCUACACCGACGACACUACAGACACUGACCCAGACUGCCUCAUAGUCGACCCAGAGCCUCAUCCCCAGCUCCCCUCAGCGACUGUCAGGCCCACAGGGGAGGGUGUGCCUUUCUCUGGGCAUCAGGGAGUUCAAGCAGCCACUCUGGGUGUGGGUGGGGCCAUCCAGGGGCAUCCCACAUGGAGCAGGGCAGCCAUUUUGAGAGCGUCUCAACAAGCACAUCAGCGGCAGCUUCAACGACGCCUCAGAGCACAGCAGCUACAACAGACUCACCCAGAAAACCCAACUACCUCCACCACCAACACUACUAGUACCGGUAUGUCUUCCCAAUCCCUUCACUCCCUGGUAGGUCUACCACCAGGGAGAGGGGCUACGGCCAAAGGCUUUGCCCACAUCGAGGUGACCCUGGCUGGACAGCAGGCAGCCCAGCUGGCCCAGCAGCACUGCGAUGUGGCCGGGAGGAGAAAGAGCUACGUGUGCCGAGCCUGCGGUAAGGCCUUCACCGGUCAGUCCAACCUGGAGGCUCACCAGAGGGUACACACAGGGGAGAAGCCGUUCAGGUGUGCCACCUGUGGGAAGAUGUUCUCAGAGGCUGGCAACCUGAAGAAGCACCAGAGGGUCCAUACAGGGGAGAAACCCUUUGCCUGUAGCCACUGUGGGAAGUGCUUCGCCUGGAUAUGCAACCUCAAGACUCACCAGCAGUCAGUCUGUGGAGGUGGAGGAGGAGGGGUGUGAGGCAUAGAAUUAGAAUCAGUAGACUGGACGGACAUGGUUCUAAAAUCUACAAUAGAAUAUUGCUCACACAGACAUUAAUGGGAAUUCAUUCUAAUUCUAUGUUGUGCGAGCAACAACACCCCAAACCUCCAAAACAAACACUACAAUACAAAGGAAAUGUAAAAGGGAUUAGCAGAAAGUUGUCUUUACAUGUGACACUUUUUUCCUCUGUUCAACUCCAGAUCUUUGUUACAGUAGUUAGAAUAAGGGGCUUAUAAUUUCAUGGCCGACACACUACCUUAGGCGAUUAUUAGAUAAAGUAUCUUUAUUUGAAAGUAAAAUGUGGUAUUAAUAUCGAAUAUCAUGUGCGUAUUUUCUGAACAAAUGUGUUCCAAUACAUGUAUUUUUUAUAUUAUUAAGGUACACCUUUUUUUUUUUUUGCAAGAUUUGACAUGUACUAAAUAAUUGUCAAUCUGUGUCAGUCAUUCAAUAGCAAGUAAUAUAAUGUGGCCACAGACAGUGACAUCAAAAUAAACAUA